CCGUUUGAAGCUUUGACCGGAUGGGCAAUGAGUGGCUUGAAGCUGGCUGUUCGCCUCACCAUGUCCUGAGGAGCAGAGGAAAGUAGCACUGCGAAUUGCGAGCGAGUUGAGGCCGGGUGUGAACUUGGAGCAUCUGCUGCUGAGCGAGCCGAACGUAACAAGCGAGUUCCGCCUGCUUGAGAACAGAGGUUGCGAGGACUCAAAAGUCAAUAAUGCUAUAAUACAACUAGAAAGUCGUGGCACAAUCAUGGCUUCCUUCUCGCAAGUAUCCCUCCCUUUCCAGAAGAAGCUCGAGGAUGGAUCGCCAUUCCCGCUGGUCCUCGCUCCCGCCCAUGAAUCUCCCAAGGACGCUGGAGCGCUCGCUGGCGCGCUGCGAAUUGAGGAGCAGCGAUCGCGGCUGGAGGAAUGGCUAGUCAAGAGUGGCGCGGUUUUGCUGCGAGGAUUUGAGGUAUGGACAGCGCAGGAGCUUGACUCCAUAAUCGAUGCGCUGGGGUGGGAGGAGUACCCUUACUUGGAGAUGGGGGGAGGGGCUUAUCGAAAGAAAGUCUUUGGAAAGGUUUUCACUGCCAAUGAUUUCCCGCUGGAUUGGUACCUUGGCUACCACAACGAGGCAGCUUAUCUUGAGAAACCACCGGCAAAGGUCAUAUUUUUUGCGGAGAAACCUCCAGACGCUGGAACUGGAGGAGCCACUCCGAUUGUUCCAGGUCACGUCGUUUACAAGCGAAUUCUUGAGAGAGAUCACUUAGCAAAGCAACUUCUCGACAAAGGACGCAUUGUUCACUGCUCUUUCUUAAGCGAGAACGCCUGGAAGUCACGACUUUCAGCCGGUGACAAGCAAUCUGCCGAGAUCAAGGCCGCGGAAAAGAACAUUGGUCUGACUUGGCUUCCGGACGGAGGAGUGUUUCUCGAGAGAAAACCAGUGGCUCCCUUGUUUAGAAAGGACACGGCUGGAAGGAUGGCAUUCUUCUCGGCCCUUGGUUUCUUCGUGGAGGUCCGCAAGAAGCACAAAGAUUUGCCAGCAACAACGCUCAAAUUUGAAGAUGGAACGCUGCUCGAAGAUCAAGCUGCCAAUGAACUCGUGGAGAUAAUGCUUGAGGAAGAGGUGGCGUUUCCAUGGGAGAAAGGUGACAUCCUUUUAGUGGACAACUCUGCUGUUCUACACUCAAGGGAGAAAUGCUUGUCCAGGGAGCGACAAAUUCUUAUUUCUCUUGCUUCAUGAGUAUCAAUAUUUCUUGGUGUAAUUGGUCCUCUUGCUUCAUGAAUAUAAAUAUUUAUUGGUGUAA